AUGGUGUCGCAAUUUCCGCCCUGGCGACACGCCUCCGAGCUAGCCAUGGUGCGAGACUGGUUUUUCCCCGACCGUGCGAAACAGGACGCCUUCUCGACCACCCCACAAGAUAUGAAACAGAGGGCCAUUGACCGAGUCAAUCUCUGGCUCUUCAAAGCUGGCCACCUUGCGCCUGCAAUCGUAGCCACAUCUGGUCUGACCGAGGCUCUCCUUCACGAUGACCUAGACCGCAGCUCUCGAGGCAUAUCAGACUCGGCUAUGCAGAGCAUCUACGCCAUGGCAUUUGCGAGGUUUGUAAACGGGUUCGUUGAUCGCGAUGUAGCCCGACUGCACGCCAUGGAACUCGCAUUGGACGAUUCUGAGAUGGAGGACGCAGCAGUCCCUCCAGCCAAGGGUGAAAGUUCAAUGUAUGCACAUGCGGCUGCGAUUGGCAUGCCACAGAAGUUUGUCGACCUACGACACCAGGUUACUCACGGCGACAUCCCCCACUUGUUCUAUCUGAGGCAAAUGACACAACAGGCCUUGAGCUGGUUAUGGGAGAAGUGGUGGGCCAAGCACGUAGAAGGUGAUCCAGGCCAGGCGAUGAGGGAACAGGAAGAACGAAAGCGACUGGCACGAGAAGCCAAUGAUGCUGAGAUUAGACAGGCCGAACCCAACGAUGAGGAUGGCACAAACAUUUCUCACCCAGCCGGAAUCGGGCAAGGAGAGGUUGCGCCGUAUGCUCAAACACGACCAGACUCGAACAAACGGAAGCGAGACAUUAGUGAUGAGAAUGUCACGACAUAA